CCAGCAAAAAUUGUUAAAGUACUUAAUGAAAAUUGUAAUGGUAAGAAAACAAAGAAUCAUAAGCACGAAUAGUUUUUAAGUUUUGUUAGUCUCAUUGAGGUUUACUUAUAGCCGAAAGAUGAUGUUCAAAACUCGGAAUUAAAAAUUAUGUGGAGCCAGCUCUAAUUAUCAGCUCCGGCACCGGUCCCAGUGGUUAGAACCACGAGAAAAAACCAAAGUUGAAUUAUUCAUACAAUAUUACAGGAAAUGUCUGAUCAAAAGACUUUCUCUACGAAAAUUGUCCGAAAUAUUAGUUUAUCCUAUGUAGAGAUAACUGCAUAGAUUAACAAUUAAGGAAUAUUAUAAUAGAUAGUAUAUAAAGCAUAAGACAUUUUAAUGCUGCUGCCAUCUUUUUCAGAGUUUUAAUUAAUUUCUAGCAAAAGUCAUUCUUAGAUAGAAAAUUUUCUACUCUACAAUAAUAUCUCUUAGUCUUGAGAUAGAAAAAGUUAUUCUGUACCGCUGCUCGCACACUUCGGUCUCUAUUAACUCUACUAAUCAGUUUUUCAAAUUCUCCGAACAUCGGGAUGCUGUAAGCACGCGCUCUCUCAAAAGCUCUGGUCAAUGUAGCAUAGGCGUGAGCAGCGGUGUGGGACGAGUUUUUCCGUCUCUGACGUUUCCAUACGAAAGAAAAAAAAACAAAACGAGAUACAAAAAUUAGUACGACAUCUUAUAAUAUCUGUUUCAAUUUAUUUUUUUUAAAUUCAAAUUCGUUUUUGAUCGAAUACAUCUAUUAGCAGAAUUUUUAUCAUAUUGUUUAUGGUAAAGUUCAUCAAUAUGAAAAAAACCGAUAUUUUAUCAGAUACUAAGAUUUUUAUUUGUAUCUAUUUUACAUGCUGUGUAGGGUGACGAUCAUUUCUAGGACCUCUCAUUUCUAAAUCUGCCAAUAGUUCAAGAAUUACUGUUAACAUAUCAUUCGAUAGUAGUUUUUCCAUCAAGGACUAGUACCGAUUUUUAUUAAUCUUUCCAUUUCGUACUUUUGAUCAAUAAAUCUAAACUUCUCCUUGAAUAAAAAUACAUAUUACAAAGGACUAUCAGUAUACAAAAGAGUUAGUUCUCACACUCUGAGUGUCAUUCUUGAACUCGGUCUAAUCCUUUUCAUUUAAUGAGAAAAUGAUUUCUUUUAUAAUAUAGGUAUUCCAGGUUUUUGUGAACAAAUUCUUUUUGAUUUAUUACGUAAAGAUAAAAUUUAUAUUACACAAAAUAUUGAAUCUUAUAAUGAAGAUUUAAAUUUAAUUGAAGGUGAUAUUGAUAAACUUCUUAUUAAUUCAUCAAUAAAAAAUAGUUUAUUUAAAACAUUAUUUUCUCGUCAGAAACAAAUUAUAAAUAAUGAACAAUAUAAACAUGAACGUAUUUUUUCACGUAUAUGUCUUUUACGUGAUCCAACAACAAAUGAUUUUAUUACACAUUGUCAACAAAAUUUUCAAAAUUAUAUUAUGUGUCGUAUAGAUCGUUUAUCAGAAGGUGAAAGUUUACUUGUUAAAAUAGCUGCUGUUAUUGGUAAUACAUUUUCUCGUACAUUUUUAUGUCAAUUAGUUGAUCCACACUCAAAAAAACUAAUUAAUAUUAAUUCAUGUAUAUUAGAUAUGAUGCAACGAACAAUUAUUGAAUGUGCAUAUCAACAACAACAACAACAAAUUCAUAAAACACAUACAAUUAAAUGUUUUUGUUUACAAAAUCCAGGUAAUUUUCCAUCACAAUGUCGUCUUAUGGCAUUUACACAUAUAUCAAUACGUGAUGGAAUAUAUAAUUCUUUAACAGAUAGUUUAAAACGUAUAUUAAUACGUAAUGCAAUUGAUUAUUUAGAAAAACAUUGUACAAUUGUUUGUUUAACAUGUGGACCACGAAAUAAUAAUCCAUAUUUUGUACAAAAACAAGAUAGUCUUACAAGAAGUAUUAAAAUAAGUAAUCAACAUGCAUUUGUUGAUAUUGUUAAAAUGGUUCAAGAAAAACGUCGUAAUAGUUAUGAUGCUGGUGGACUUGAUGUCCAGUGUACAAGACGUUCUCAAUCUCCAUUUUUUGCACUUGUUGAAGAUGAUUUCGAAACAAAAACCGAUCAAUCUAUACGUCGUGAAUCAAGUGAUUCAAAUUCAACUUUAAUUAGUAUUUAUCCAUAUAAAAAUAAUGUAUUAGAAACUAUAUCAUCACCUAUACAAAUCGAUAUACCACAAUCAUCAUCAUCAUCAAUAUCAUCAAAAUCAAAUAAUAUUUUUAAUGUAUUUAAAUUAUCCAAACAACAAUUUAUUAGUUCAUCUUUAUUAAAAACUCCAUUAUUAAAAAAAAUUGAUAGAUCUAUAAUAACAAAUAAAUCAAAUGAAAAUGAAAUAAUUGUAGAAUCAAAACGAAAACGAAAAGAAGAUAAAUCUCAUUGUUUUAGAACUUUUUGUCGAUAUAUUUUCUGUCAAUUUUUAUCAUUACAUUCAAAUGUACCAGUAGAUAUUGACGUUAAUAAUCAAUCUACAAAAACUUCAAUUGAAAAUUCAAUACCAGAUACGAAAAUAAUUCCAACAUCAAAUAAUACCUCACAGAAAAAUGAAAUUAUACAACAACAACAAUCAUCUCAUUGGCUAAAAGUUCGUCAAUCAUUAAUACCUUCACCAAAUAAAAUUCUUCAUACUGGUCCAAAUGAUAAUGAAUUAUUGGCACAACCAAUAUUAUCAUUUGAAUUAAUGAAUAAAAUUUUACAUGAUCUUAAUUGUUUAAAUCAACAAAUAUAUCGUAUACGAACAUUUCAAAAUCUUUAUGAACAAUCACAUUUUUUUCAUAUAUUUCAAUCAUAUAUUCAAUAUAAAAAUUUAAUUGAAUAUGUUUAUGAAACAAAAAAACAACAAGAAGAAAAUAUAAUUGAUUUAAAUAAAUAUUUAAAUGAAUUUACAAUUUAUAAUGAUUUACGUUUAUGUCAAUGUGUUGAUUAUGUUUUAACUAUAUAUAUAAAAUUAGUUGAAUAUCAUACAAAUCUUUAUAAUAUAUAUGAAAAAUUAAUU